CUGCAAUYGUAGGCACUGGCAAAAGAGGUAAUGGAAAAACUUAACUAAAUCGUCCAUUCGAGGAAGAUGGUUAGUUUGUUUGUGAAAAUAGCUGUUUUCACAGUUGUAAUAUGUUGUAAAAACGCUUCUACUCAAGAUAUCUAUAGCCCUUGGGGCAAGUGGACUCCUUGCAGUACUGAAUACGGUGCUUGUGGUAAAGGCGUGCAGUGGAGAUUUAGACGUUGCCUUGACUGGUCUGCAUAUAUCUGCGAAAAUACUUUCGAAAUCAAAAACUGUCACAAGCCAUGCAUUGUUGAUGGUAAAUGGUCGAGAUGGGGCUCUUGGAAUUCGUGUUCAGUUACAUGUGGCGGUGGUAGCCAAUCAAGAUCAAGGACGUGUUCAAMUCCAGCACCAGCUCAUGGAGGCAAAAAAUGCACGGGACCAAAUUCAGAAACUCAGUCUUGUGCAAUGACAACUUGCCCAUUACCUCCUCGCAACGGUAAUUGGUCCUCAUGGGGUUCUUGGGAAUCUUGCUCAGUCACGUGUGGUGGAGGUAGACAAUCACGAACAAGAACAUGCACUAAUCCAGCACCAGCCCAUGGCGGUAAAAACUGCACAGGACCAAAUUCAGAAWSUCAGUCUUGUGCAACGACAACUUGCCCAUUACCUCCUCGCAACGGUAAUUGGUCCUCAUGGGGUUCUUGGGAAUCUUGCUCAGUCACGUGUGGUGGAGGGAGCCAAUCACGAACAAGAACAUGCACUAACCCAGCACCAGCCCAUGGCGGUAAAAACUGCACAGGACCAAAUUCAGAAUCUCAGUCUUGUGGAACGACAACUUGCCCAUUACCUCCACGCAACGGAAAUUGGUCCYCAUGGGGUUCUUGGCGAUCUUGUUCAGUCACGUGUGGUGGGGGUAGCCAAUCACGAACAAGAACGUGUACUAACCCARCACCAGCUAAUAAUGGGAAAAAUUGCUCUGGACCUAGCUCACAGACACGGCAAUGUAAUACAAAUAACUGCUGUCGAGCUGGCGAGCAUGUUUUUGACAAAUGUGGUCAGAGGUGCGUGUGUUCACCACAGGGGACAUUAACGAUGUGUACGCGUAUAAGAAAAGAAUUUACUUCCAUGUCAGCGGUAGAACGAGAGAGAUAUAUYCAGGUUAUCAAGAAAGCAUCAACUGAUGAAAGAUUCAAGAAGCGUUAUGACGACCUGAUCACUAUACAUAGGGUUAUAUUUAAUAGUGGCAUACAUCGCCAAGAUCAUUUUCUAACGUGGCACCGUUGGUUUAUGCUACAGUAUGAGAAUCUAUUGAGGACGGUCGAUUGUACUUUUACCAUUGCAUACUGGGAUUGGAGUGUUGUYUCAGGGCAGCCCUGGGGGAAUUCCUCUAGUGAUGUUUGGCAUUCUAAACAAGGUGGUUUUGGAUGGAAUGGAGUACCCCCUGAUCAAUGCGUCAACAAAGGACCUUUCAGAAAGGGUGUGUGGGAACUUGUUCCUUCUGCUGAUCGGCCGCGGUGCUUAAAAAGACAAUUCAAUCGCAUCCCACCAGAUAGCGUAGCWGUAGCAAUAGUUCUCAGAACACCAUCGUCAAAUUUCAAUGGAUUUGAAGUCGCUCUCAGAAUAACUCUCCAUAACUCUGUCCAUUGCAUGAUUCAUGGCACAAUGUGUUCUCUUGAUUCGGCUAGUGCACCAGAGUUCUUUCUUCAUCAUGGGAUGGUCGAUAAGCUCUGGGAAGACUGGCAAAAGAAGAGUCUAGCUCACAGAAGAGCACAUUUCUAUAAUUUGAAUGCUGUGUUGCCAAGUACCAACGGACUACGUUCCCGUGAAUUCCUGGACAAUACUGCAUUGCCUGGUGGUGUCAGAGUCGAAUAUCAACAUGCCAAACAAGGUGUUGUAUCGCGCAUYAUUCAAMGACUUCGAUCUCUAAGUACAGAUAUUUUGAGGAGAAUUCCUAGAGAAGGAUUCAGCCGAAUUGGAAAAGAAGCCCUUGAUUUGUUCAAUGUCAGUGGUAUUGAACGACGCGAGGCGAGGAGAAUUGAAAAGAUGUUGGAGCCUUUACAUCGUAGUAUUCCACCAAAAUCGGCUUCAAAGUUAGAUAAAAAGCUUGGAUUUCGCCAUAAGAUCAUUGACCAGAUGGAAAAAUCGAGCGGAUAAAUACUGAAGUGACCAAAGAAAACAAUUGUAGAAAACAAAUAGCACAAAAAAAUAGCUGUAAGGGGAAUAUUAGAUAAUCAAUAUAAACACGAAUGUCAAGAGGUGAAAAUUAAAAACUUAGGAGCCAUUAAUAAUCUCACUAAUAUAAUGRAAUAAAAGAAACGUUUGUCAAAUUAUUAAUAUGAAAAAUUUUAAUUAAAUUUCUGCAAAUGUUAAUUAAAUGUCAUACGUUUUCAACAAUGUCA